GGCAGUUCGGCAGCCGAGGUGACCUGCACCGGGUCAGCGCAGCGCCGCGCGCCCAUUGGCUGCUGGCAGUGACCACCGUGCGCCCAUUGGCUGCCGUCCGGAGGGUAGGCUGUGCCGCAGUACAGCAUUCGGCAGUGCCGACCGAUCCGGGUGGGCUGGCUGACCGCGGCGACCGUAAAGCCCGGUCUGCUCGUGGGGAGGGAACAACAGGAGGCGACAGAGCAGACAUAGCAGGGAGGAGUGUUCGGAGGAGCUGUGAGAGGACGCCGCGAGGAGCUGUGGGAGGAGUGACGGGCGGCCGCGCGAUGGCCGGACUCGGCGCAGUCCUGCCCGGGCUGCUGCUGCUGGUCGGCGCACUAUGUUCCCCGGCAGAUGCUAUUCCCGACUGGGACAAUCCGUUCCUCUCUGCCGAUACGUCCGACGACUACAUCAAAGACGUGGAUGAAUCCAAUGCGGUCCUUACAGUAUACGAGGACGUCCCGAUUGGUCACAAGAUAGCCGAGCUCAACAUCGUGGCACAGACAGGUGACCCGGUGGUGGUGACGCAGCAGGACAAAACUGAUGAAAUCCGGCUCAGCUUCGACGGCAACAUCACCAAGCAAAAUGUCUACAUUCAGAGCGCUCUUGACCGGGAGAAGACGGAUUCUAUCACAGUUAGUCUGCUGCUGAACGGAGGAAGCCAGACAUUUAUUGCCAUUGAUGUAGCCGAUAUCAACGACAACACCCCGACAUUUGACGGCCAGGGAUCGCAGAUAUCGCUGGACGUGCCAGAGAACCAGCUGAACGACUCGCUACUCAUCCUGACGGCGACCGACGCCGACCCCGGAGCCACAGCCAACCUGACCUACACCAUGAACACCGGGGGUUACGAUGACGUGUUCAAGCUGACCUUGAUCACAAAGGACAACAAGCCGGCUUGUCAGCUGAGACUUCUGAAGCAGCUGGACUACGAGACCAGACCGCUGUACAAACUCACCAUCACUGUCAAGGACACCCCCGAUGUCCGGGGAACCACGUUCAGCUCCUCCGUCACCGUCUUCGUCAACGUCCAGGACGUGGGAGACAGCCCACCUCGCUGGCUGCAGCCGCCAAUGGCCAGCAGUGUGGACGAAAACACGAACAAGGGCAGUGAGCUGUUCACUGUUCAAGCUAUAGAUGGCGACACCAGCGUCGACAACAACAUCACCUACUCCAUUAUCAGUGAGGAUCCGGAGGGGUUCGUGGAGAUGGUCGACCCCACCACGGGAAAGGUCACUCUGAAGAAGAAGCUUGACCGGGAGGACCCAGAUCUCAUUGAUCGCGGAUUUAUCAACGUGGUACUACAGGCCAGGGAGUCCCCGAAGAGUGACCCGGACCAGGCCUGCAGCAACAUCACCUGUGUGAACGGCACCGCCCUGAUCACGGUCAAUGACCUGGAGGACAACGGACCAAAGUUUGAGAAUACCUCCAUGCAGGCCGACUUCGCAGAGAACAAAACGGGAAAUCUGGACCUCACCAUCAAUGUGACUGAUAAGGACGCGACGUUCCAGAACAACUACAUCACACUGUCUCUGGAGGGAGCUCAGAAGGACGUGUUCCAGCUGCAGCAGUCCUCUGGCUCCGGGCAGCUGCAGACCACCAUCGCUGUGGUCGACAAGGACUACAUGGACUACGAGCUGGAGGACCACCGGACCAUCACCCUGACGGUGGUUGCCACGGGGAGCGACCCGAGCUCACCGACAGCCUCGGCCACCGUCACCGUCCACCUGCAGGACGUGAACGAUAACAACCCUCAGUUCAAAGACGCGGUGUAUAAAGCAAACGUCAACGAGAGCUCCGCUGAGGGCGAUAUUGUUGUAACUGUUAACGCUACCGAUGAGGACUCGGCUGACUUUGGAUCCGACGGCAUCAGGUACUCGAUCUCCGGAGGGAAGCAGAACACGCUGCGUAUCGACCCGAAGACGGGCCUCGUCUCCGUCAGCCGCGACGCCCCGUACGACUUCGACAGAGACGACGGGGACAGGGUGCUGAAUUACACCAUCACGGCGGCCGACGAUACCGGGACCGGUAACACGGGCACAGCCACACUGGUCGUAACGGUGCUGGACGUGGACGACUCGCCGCCCACGCUGGACGUGGGCGGCGGCCCGGCAGAGGUUCUGGAGGAGACGAAAGGAGCCGAGGUGCCCGCUCACAUCACCGCCGACGACGCCGACAGCAUGGCGAAACUGGGGUUCUCCAUCGACUGGGACGCCACUAAGGCCUACAAAGACAAUGUCCAGGUGGACCGCGCCGAGUACGACUACAAAAACCUGUUUCAGCUGUCGGCGGACAGCGGUGGUAAAGCCGCCAUUCUGCGCGUGUCGCCGGACGGGGCGCCGGACCGGGAGCAGAUGGACACCAUCACCCUGCGGGUCGUGGUCACCGACACGGCCACAGAGUCCGGCACAGACCAGGCCUCAGGUGAUCUCACGGUCAAAAUCCUGGACGUGAAUGACAACAGCCCCCAGUUUCAAGACAUGACCGACCGGAUCUUCAACGUCACAGAGAACAUGCCGAAGACGUCCAUCAUCAACCAGCCGAUCCUGGCUACGGACAUAGACGAGAACGCCACCAUCACCUACAGCGUCACAGGGUGA